AUGUUGGAGGUCAUACUGAAGAAUGAGCUCAAGUUCAACUUCUUCGGAGCAAUGCAGUUGCAACAGGACUUCGUUUGCAUCAGGACAUGGAUCCACAGUUACCGGGUUCUGAGCGAAGUGGCAAAAGAAGAAAUCACUGCCAACGAUGUGUUCCUGGAGUGCGAAGGCGUCACGAGGCUUUUGAUGCGUCAAAGGGACUGGUUCUCGGCUGUUGGAAGGAACCAAGUCGGGCCCGCGCGAAGGGGUUCAACUGCGUGUGCGGGUAACAUCCCACCUGAAAUGUAUGUCAUCCAUCAGCACUUAUGGCUCGGGCUCAGGGUUAGCAGUGAUCAUUGACGUGAAAAGAUGAACGUGACACAAGUUAAGCACCUUAAAGAAGUCGCUCAAGCGUACGAGUACGUUGUUGACGAUGUGCUGAGCAAGUGUACUCCUAUGCUGGUGGACGAGAAUAUAGACCCAAACUUAAUGAAAGAUUUGAAGCAGAUUUGGGUGCGUAAGAUUCGCGAAUCAGGUGCCGUUCCGUAUUACGGACUCACGCCGGAAAAGGUGGCGAUUCAGAUCAAAAUAGCUCGUGAAGACGGCACUGCAAGACCGACCAUUCCGAUCUUGGUUCCUGUUUACGCCAAGGAGAAAUCUCCGCAACAGCUCAGGGACGAGAUUGCGGCUUUGGGGGAUGUCAUCAGGCGGGACAAUAUCCCGGAUAACCGAGCGAAGGUGCUGAUUGAAGACCGAAUUGACGAAGUAUUCCCCCAACUUGACGGCCACUACGACUCCAGUUCGGACUCAGACUCUGAUCCGGACGCACCUGCAGCCAAGCGCAACAAACUCAGCCCGCCGAAAAAUGGCCAAGCCUCCUCUUCCUCAUCGUCUGACGACAACGACAGCGAGGCCAAUGACGAAGACCAAGAAGUAGAUCCUGGUGAGCCCAUGUCUCCACUCAACUCGGAAGACGACCUGUCCGUUGACCUCGAUACGAUGUUCGAGGCAGACACUGUGUGCGUUUGUCAGUACACGAGUGUAGAGGAGAAGAAGAAGACGCACGAUUGGCAUUUGCGGUUGACGCGGGGGAUUCUCAACUCCGAUGGUAUCGAUUAUUUGUUUAAGGAGGCUUUUGGUCUCGCUCCUUGGUUGUGAGUCUUGGUUCAAUAAUUGUAAAUCUGAUUUUCGAGGAUAAUUUACAUUUUGAAUGUGUAAAGAGUUUGCGUGAUUUGAUCGAGGAUUUUGUUAUUGCAGAAAAUGCUAAUUCAGUACCGCAAAUCCAGUUCCGAACGGCUUAAUAUUUCUUUUCGACGUGUUCCGUUCGAGGGAAUUUUUCGACAGAUUUUGAUGGCGAAACGUGGGAUGAUUUAUUGUCAACAUUUUGAAAAAGUUAUAUUUUCCGGUAAUAGAAAAUCAUGAUUCAUUUCGUCAUCCACGCGAUGCGUUAUGACGUACAGUACUUCCCGUUUGGCAACUCCGACCAGAUUUGAACGACUAUACGGAAGACCCCUUUCAGCGUAUUCGUUACCUUCCGAGCUAUAAUAAUCCUGGUUGGGGAGGAAACAUUUUUUCUCAUUCGAUUUUUUUCUCAUGUUAUUCCUGCGUGUAGUUCGAAUUUAUUUUUGGUUCCCAGUGCAGUAAGACAUGAUAUCAGCAAGGAGCUUAGAAAGCGAGAAUGUGAAGUCGAACUUUGUGGAAGUUGAAUUGUAAUUAGCGUUGAGCU